AUGGCCCGUUUGAAACAGCUAUUUUUUCACAACCUAUACAUGGAGCAGCUGCUCACAAAGCUACGAGCUCAGAGAGCGAACUCAAUACCAACUGAUUCAUUAUAUGUAUUUGUUGCCUACAGCGUAAUUGAUUACAUUAGAUGGAGCAAGGUAGAUAGUGAGAAAGAAGGCGUACAAGACCUAUCAAGGGAGCGUGUGCGAGUUAUGUCAUGA